UUGUGCAAAGGUUCCAGAUAUUUUCAGAUUGCAUCAUGUCCUUGGCUGGUGCUGGCCUUCCAAGCGUGCUGCCCGCCGACAAGCUGGCUGAACUCAAGGAGACAGCGGCCAAACUCUGCGCACCAGGCAAGGGCUUCUUGGCCGCUGAUGAAAGCGCUGGGCCGUGGCUCAGGGCGGGUCAUGCAGAAGCAGCAAAGAUUCCAGAUGUGAUCGAGAACAGGGCGGCAUACCGAUCGCUGUGCUUCUCAUCUCCCGGUUUGAGCGAAAGCAUCAGCGGAGUGAUUCUCCACUGGGAGACCCUGUUUCAAAAGGAUGCAACUGGCAAGGCCAUGGUGGACAUCAUCAAGGAGAAUGGCAUGAUUCCUGGUAUCAAGGUGGACAAGGGCUACAACAAGAAGGGCAUCUGGGGAACCCCAAGUGGUCCCUUGGGACACCCGGAGGUGGCCACCGUGGGCUUGGAUGAUCUGCAGCAAAGGUGCCAGCAGGCUUAUGAGCAGGGUGCCCGUUUUGCCAAGUGGCGAAACGUGCUGCAGUUGGACCCCGCGAAGCAACUGCCCUCAGAGCUGGCCAUUGCGGAUACAGUGCACACCUUGGCCCGCUAUGCCUCCAUUUGUCAGAGCGAGGGGUUGGUGCCCAUUGUGGAACCUGAAAUCGUUCCCAAUGGCGAUCAUGACAUCUACUACUGCGCCCAAAUGACCGAGAAGGUCUUGGCUGCGCAGUUCAAGGCCCUGGCAGACCACCACAUCUACUUGGAAGGUGCUGUGCUGAAGCCCAACAUGGUGAAGAAUGGCCUGGGUGGCCCGAAAGCCACGGCUGAGACCAUUGCUACUCUGACUUGCCAAACUUUGCUGCGCACUGUGCCUCCCUCCAUGCCGGGCAUCUUUUUCUUGUCGGGUGAGACAGCUCUGAAUGAAGACAACGAGGAAGAGGCAACCAUCAACUUAAGCACCAUGAACAGUCUGUUUGCCGGCAAGCUGCCGUGGCACCUCUCCUUCUCCUAUGGAAAAGCUUUGCAGAAGACAUGUAUCGUCACUUGGCUAGGCAAGGCUGAGAACGUGGAUGCUGCCCAAAAGGCCUUGAAGGCACGAGCCAAGGCAAACUCUGAUGCUUGCUUUGGAAAGUACAAAGCCGGCAGUUGUGCCAGUGUCGGCACUGACGGCAACGUGAUGCAAGCUGCUGGACCUUACUGAGGCACUUGAUCACAGUGAGGAAGGAGUAGGCAAC